ACAGAGUCUCCCCCUGCUUCUGUUGCAAUUGAAUAAACCUAAGAGAGAGAGAGAGAGAAGAAGAUAGAUUCACAGCUCGUAGCAGAGAUUCGCAGAUCGAUCGAAGAUGAACACUGACAUCACCGCCUUGGAGAAGCCCCAGUACCCCGUCGUCGAUCGGAACCCUCCAUUCACGAAAGUCGUCGGAAACUUCAGCGUCCUCGAUUACCUCCGUUUCUCCACCAUCACCGGCGUUUCCGUCACCGUCGGCUACCUAUCAGGGAUCAAGCCAGGGAUCAAGGGACCGUCGAUGGUGACGGGAGGACUGAUCGGACUCAUGGGAGGGUUCAUGUACGCUUACCAGAACUCCGCGGGGAGGCUCAUGGGCUUUUUCCCUAACGAAGGCGAGGUCGCGGCUAGUCACCAGAAGCGUGGUGGUUCGUUCAAUUGAAAAAAAAAAACAAUCUUUUUUCUUGUAAUUGGAUUGAGUUUUUUUUCUCUGAUAUUAUUGCUGUUUUGAGGAUACGUUUGUUUGCCUCUGUUUGUCUGUUAUGAUGACUUAUGGUUAAUAAAAAAAAAACUGAGCUUUCUCGCUAA